CUCGAUCUCUAUACAACAUUUUUUUUCGUCAUCAACAAUGUCUCGCCAAGAGCUGCUCUCACCGGAAGGACUGCGCGUGGACGGACGGCGCGCCAACGAGCUGCGCAAGAUCAGCUGCCGUGCAUCAGUGCUCGAUACAGCUGACGGAUCAGCGUACUUUGAGCAAGGCAACACCAAAGUCCUUGUUGCGGUAUAUGGGCCCCGCGAGGCGCGCCAAAAGGGCCUAGUGCCGCACGACAAGGCGCUAGUGAAUGUGGAAUUCAAUGUGGCGCCGUUCAGCACCAGCGAGCGGCGGAAACGGUCCAAGAGCGACAAGCGUCUACUGGAGGUGUCUGCAUUCGUGAAGCAGACGUUUGAGAGCGUGAUCCAGACGCAUGUGUACCCGCGGUCGCAGAUCAACAUCUAUAUCCAGCUUCUGCAGCACGACGGCGGGACGCUGGAGGCGUGCAUCAAUGCGGCGACGCUGGCGCUGGUGGAUGCUGGGAUUUCGAUGACAGACUAUGUGUGCGCGUGCACGGGUGGGUUUAUUGACGAAACACCGGUGCUGGAUUUGAACUUUGUCGAGGAGUCGUCGAUUGAGACGCCGGACCUGACAGUGGCGAUUCUGCCGCGCACAGGCAAGGUCGCGCUGCUGCAGAUGGAGUCGCGGCUGCGGUCGGAUAAGCUUGAGGAUGUCAUGGACUUGGCAGUCAGCGGGUGCAAGAGCAUCCACAAGAAGCUUGACCAGGCGGUGAUGGCGGCGGCCACCGAUCUGAGCGAGAAGCUGGGCCACUAGAGUUUUCCCUGUUCGCUGCCUAAUAAAGGUGCCAU